AGGUCUCUAAGGAGAGGAGAGGCCAGUUCCUCAUUUCAGCUCUAUCAAGGUCACCUGCACUCAGCAGGGAGGGUGCUUUGUUACAGGUGUGGAACCUUUUGCUUGGAGCCCGGGUCUGGCAGCUCGCUCUGGGAUUCUGCAGUCUCUAGAUGGUCAGGACCCACGCAGAAAAUGUCGCAUUCAGAGGCAGACCUUCCCACAGAUUCCACAGUCUGCUUCUCCUUACUGGAGAAGCAGCAACCAGCUUGUGAUUCUCCUCUGGGAAAGGACCAAGAAGUGCCAGAACAAGAGUGGCCCCCGGAUGUGGAAACUGAGCCUUGCCACUGUGCUCCAGAGAACAGCAACCCAGAGGGUGUCUCCAGGAAGCUUCCAUCAGUUGGUCCUCUUAGCUGUGUGGGGAGAACAGAGUCUUCCUGCGCAGGAGUGCAGCCCCAGGGCUGUGGGACCUCUCCUCAGGGCCCCUGGAACCUGUCGAAGAAGCACUGUGAGAACCAGGGAAAUCUUCUCCAGUUUGACCGGCAAGCCCCAGGCCGCAUUUCCACCUCUCCCACUUUGAGGAGAUUGAGGGGCAGUAGCCAGGGGACUUCCAUCUCGCCAGCUCCGCAAGAUGUAUUGGAAGUGCCCACCCGGAGAAGCUGGAGAGACCCUACAGGCUCCCCAGGGCACCUUUCCCAGAGUCUACCUGGAAGCCCAAAGGAGUCUUCACCCUCCCUGUCACCCCUGAGACCCCGCUCAAGACUGCUUUCAGAUCCCGAAAGGGCCCUCAGUGCAGCCGACUCCUUCAAGUCCCAAACCAGGUCCCCUGAUGAACACGCCCUUCUUGCAUGUCAACCCAUCAAUGAGAUGUCUCCUCGUGGGGUCUCCCUUCCAGGGCAAGAAGGCCACUCACUGCCCAGCCCCACUGCGGGGGCCUCAAGACCUCAGGGAGAAGAUCUGCAUCAAUCCAGGUUGUACGAGCACAGACGCAGCUCUGUGGUGCUGAACUUACCUGGACUCGAGGUGUUCCCUGGGGACCUUCUGGUUUCUGAUGGAGCUGCGGAUUACCUGUGCCAUCCACUGCUGCUGCUGAAUCCAGAAUCCAAGAAACCAAGAUGGCCUUUCUCCAAGAGAGGAGUGCAGGGCAAAGACAAGCACAAGCACAUAGCCGAGUUGGAGAACUGCCUCUCCUCUGUGAAGAUCACAGACUUCAGGGGCUACGAGUUCUGCGGCUUGAAGGAUAAGACCUGGAAUGAAGUCAUGGAAACGCGUCCGAAAUGCCCCAGUGCUGGAUCAGACUUGGGAAAGCAGGAAGAGGCCCUGUGGGAACUCUUCACGAGUGAAUGCACUUACUUCUUGGACCAUUUAUUGGUUCUUAAGAUGAUCUUUAUGAAUACAUUAAAAUAUCUGCAAAUUCAUGAAUAUCUCCUGGAUGUGGAUUUAUGGAGACUUUUUGCAAACCUGGAGGAGUUAACUCAGACAAGCCUUGGUUUUGUAAACAGUCUUUUCAGCAUCAUUAAGGCUUAUGUAGAAGCUUCUGAGACGUCACCAUUGAUGGAUUUCAUUUCUGUGCUCGCAAAGUAUUUCCGAGGGAGCCUCUGUCAGAGCCACCAGACCUACUGCCUGAAUUACUCUGCGGCUGUGUUUUAUCUGGAGAGCCUGCGGCAGAGAGAUGACUUCAGCAUUUAUUUAAAAUGGUGUGAGCAAAAUGAACAGUGUAGACGGCUCCACCUGACUGAGCUGCUGGUGGCCCCGCUACACAGGCUUACUCGAUAUCCCCUGCUGCUGAAGAAUAUCUGGAAAAGGAGCUCAGACUCUACUGAGAAGAUCAUGAUCUACUCCAUCAAGGAGAAGGUGGAAAAGUCAAUCCGGGAUCUUGAAGGAAAAGUGAAGUGGCUUGACAAUUUCCAAAAAUUUAGACAUCUACAGGAGAUUAUAAUAUGGCCUCCGCUUUGGGAUAGAGAUAAAAGGUUUUUCAUUCCAGAGUGUUUGAAACACAUUUUUAAAGAACACACGGCAGAACACAUCUUGUCGCCAACCAACAGACACCUUCUCUAUGAAGGAAAAUUAACUCUUGCAGAAAGCACAAGAUUCCUAGAUGUGUAUCUGUUCCUCUUUGAUGAUUUCCUCUUAAUUACAAAAACUAAACGCAACAAAAAGAAACUUGGAAGCUCAGAUACUGGUUUAAUAUGUCCUUCACUUACUCCUGAGCUGCAAUCUGUAAUAAAAGAGGGUGGCUCGUGCACAGUACUUGAUCAGCCCAUUCCACUAGACAGACUGGUCGUCAAGAGCAUCGAUCCACUUUACGUGUCAGUCUUUGGGCUGAGAAAUGCUUUCCUUAUACAACAUGAAAACAGAUAUCGACAGUGUAUAGCAGCAUUCUUAUUACAAGCCCAAACGGAAGACAUCAAAAAAAUAUGGAUGACACAAAUAACAACAGCUAUCUCUUGCUUCACCAAGAGUCAGGAAACCAAGAAAAUACCAUUAUUCAAACUACCUGCAGAAUCCUCUGAAAUUUAGGGACCUAAAGCAAGUGGCAAACUUUAUUAGAGGUUAGGGCUUAAAGUAUUCUUUUGUUCAACUUUUUGGUUAACACUUACCUAGUAAUGAGCUAGAAGGAAAUGUGCAUUUUAUAGGCAUUCCAGAAUUUGAGAAUUUGAGCUAGGAAAGUCCUUAGCAUAGAGGAAUAAUGACUGCACCAAAUUUGAACUCUGAGGAACUUCUUAACAACUACAUAUUGAUAUCCAGACUAUCUUCUAACAUUUCAGUCAGAUUUGUAUGAGGCAUGAGUGAAGAAUGGUGCUACUGUAAUUUAUAAAGGAUGAAUCAUCAGAUAAAUGGAAUAUCAGAAAGAAAACAAGGUCCACUCCUUGUGUCCAGUAUGAAUUCUGGUAUUUUACUGUGUGUAUCCAUAAAAUAAUGAAAUCAAUUUUCCUUCAUUGCUUGUAAAUCAGUCUUACUGCUUCAGAGUCCUACCUCAAACACAGUAAUUUUUUGAUACAAAGUUUGCUCUUUUAAUAUAUUAAGAAAUAAAUAAGUUCUGUAUUUUAACAACAGCAGUUUUAAAAUUCCUAUUCUCCAGUGGUCAGUUUACUUGCCUUAGGUUUAUUUAUAAUACUCUAACUUGGAAAGAAAAAGAACCCAAAGAUCAAAUUCCAGUAUUUUAAGAAAAAUAAAACAAAUAUCUCUUCUACAUUCACCAAUUAACACUUUAAUAUGGAAGAUAUUUGUAGUUAGUUAUCUUUAUCUUUGCUUUUUGAAGAAUGAUGGUAUUCAUCAAAAAAAUAUUUUCAGGAUUUGACUGGUUUGUGUGCGUGUGUUAACACAGUAUAGUCACUCAAUUUUAUUCAACAGAACUUAGAACUUUAUUCAAAUUUUUAUCAAGAAAAGCAGCUUCAACUAUUAUCAUGGUGGGAUGUACCAUUAGCUGCCUUUAAAGAACCUGCUCGUAGGGUCAGAUAGCAUCAAAGGAAGUCCACAAACUUCAAUCUCAGGCAUGGUGCUUUUUGCAGUUUCCAAAGUGGAAAUAACAAAUUUAUCAAAUUUUGCUACCAGAAAACUGAAACCUUAACUGUUUUAUUAAAGCUGAAGAACAGAAUAGAGAGGAUGAUGUUUGGGGAAGUAAUGUGCACAGUAACUCUUUGAGGAAGACACAGAUUUCACCAUGCAAACAAAGUAGUGUGGACAGUGCAGCAGAAAAGCCCUUGUGCAAGAGUCAAGCACCAUUGGAUUGAGUCAUGACAUUCGUCUGUUAGGAAUCAGUGAAAAUGAAAGGAAAAUCUGGAAAGUGGUAACUAUUGCUCAUAGCUAAAAACAAAUGAGAAGAGGACAAGGCAGAGAAGAGAACAGAUUUCAAGUGAGUUCCAAGAGAUGUUAUCUGGGUGAAAUUGAAAGCAAUUAUGUCCAGGUGAAGACAAUACAGGUUUAUACAAGAGAAGAUUUAUGAAGAAACUUCUGACUAAAAUAAAUAUUUUUAGGAAAAAAUUUAAUGAUCAUCUUACAAGGAAUUUUUGCUAUUUUUGCUAUAAACCUCCCAAGGAGGAAGGCAAUGAAUUAGGAUGAGGCGAUCUCUCAAGAUCCCUUUCAGUCCCUUGAGUCCAGUAAGGUAUAAAACAAGAAAAAAGAAAAAAAAAAAAAAAAGUAUAUUGGGUCUUCAAAAAAGUAUCUUUAAAUGGUCACCUGAGUAUUAAAGUUACAUACACAAUGAAAGGGGGAAUUAAUUUUAUAUUUUUGAUAUUUCUUUUUGGUUUGUUAAUUCUCCACAAUGUGGAAUGGAGUGAAAAGGAAAUGUCUCAAGCAAAAAUGGCAUUUAAUUUCUCUUGAGAUCAGGAACUUAAUUACUAUCCUAAGUUGAAUGACACUAAAAUAUAAUCACUGUCUAUAUCCAAGUGCAGAGUCCUAAUAAUCUGUAAA